AUGAGCAAUCCCACGAGAGCGUUAACGACUGCUGGAAAUCUCCCCGAGGUAACCCUAUCGAAUAAAUACACGUCCAUAUUCCUAGUCGUAGUGUAUGAUACUAUAUUUGCUAAUCCCAACCAGGCCAAUCCCCCUGACUUUUCAGACAUUUGGAAAGUCAUCCUUCAACCCGGCGCAGCAGAGGAUGAGCAGUUUGUAAGAAAAUACUACAAAGGGCGCGGAUCCCUCUCCAUUCAAAACCUAGUCACGCAGCCUCGUCCAUGGAUGUCGUGGAGUUACAGAGCUGCCUAUCGAAAGCUUUUUGCGCUCUUAGAGCAGGCUUCAUUGGACUACAAGUUACGCUGCCGGGUCCUGUUUGAGGAGUUGUCGGUGGAUAAUGAUCGAUAUCAGCCGCGAAAUCUGGUUUACAAUGAGGCCCAUGCUCCUCUGUCUGUCAUAUUUGACGCUCUGAAGACGAUUCCAGCAACGGUGCUAGAAGCAGAUCGUCCGGCGGAAAAGAUCAAGGGUACUGCGCAUGUUAAAAAGUUUGCUCGGAUACUACAUGUAACGGAUAUUUCGCCGCUGGUGCUCAAUUGUAUCUUUGGGACAUCUUCAAGUCUAGAUAUGAGUCACAUCGCGGCAUUUGUCGAUAGAAAUCUGAACGGUUUGAAUUGGGCGAAAGUGAAUCUGCUCCAGCUGCGAAACACGAGCUGGUCUUCAUACAUAUACGAAUACCAUUUUUCUUUCUAUUACGUCACCUUGGACUUUUUCGAACUGGGUACAGUGAAACCUGAUCCCCGCCAGAUUCGAAGGUCGUGUCCAUUCGGGAAGCGGAAGUGUGACACUUAUUUUAAACCUCGUUAUGCGAAAGAAACGGGCGCUCGGUUCUUUCGAUCUUAUGAUCCCGGUCAAUCCCCUGGCCAACUUCUACUGUAUUGGAUUGUUGUGGCUUUGUUUCAUGCAAGAUCAAGAUGGGAAAAUGCCAUCGAUGCGCUAGACGCGGAGAUGAAAUCGCCGUCUGAUGUCGUAUUCAUGGAGGACAGAAGUGAUUUGAUGGCCGACGACCCGCAGUUCUCCUUGUCCAAAACAUACUUCUGGGCUCUUCAAACAUAUAAACUAUUUGAGCGCACCCUAGAGCAAACAAUCGCAACCUGGGAAACUUUCAAAAUCGACUCCCUGCCCAAAAUUCAGGAUGGAAGGAUCAGCCCUGAAGAUUGGGAUGCUGGAGUCAGUAACAUCGAACAGGGAAUCGAACUCCUUAAACCCAAAAUAGUUCGCAUCCGACGGGGUAUACAGGAUGUAAGGGAUCUUCGAGAGGGGCUCCAAUCGACCGCUGCUGUAUUUGAUAGCCGAACUGCCGUUCGCCAGGGGGAAAAUAUUCGCCUAUUAACAUACAUCACAUUGCUUUUCCUCCCCCUUUCCUUUGGCACGGGCAUUUUUAGUAUGCAAUUCAUCGAGUCCAACUCGAGCACGGUCAACGCCUUCGCCAUCACCUUACCUAUCAUCACAAUCGUCAGUGCUCUCGUAAUUUUCAACCUCAACGCACUCACUGCCGCAUUCGACUCUGCAGUCCGCAAAGCUACAUUCGGUCUUCGAGGAAGGAUGAAACUCCAUCACAGAAAAGAUUGGAAACAGAGAGCCCUAGCCCUGUAUCAAGAUGAUAUAAGUGCAGAGCCACCGGUACGAAAAGCUUCCAAACAGAGUAGCCAUUGGGUUUACAUACUUUUCUUGAUCGAGACUGCCACAAUUCUGUUACCCGUUUCAGAACUUGAUGCCGCACUUCGUUUUUACGGGAUUUUUGAUUCCAAAAGCGAGUGCGACCAAGACGAUGAUGAUAUCACAGACAAAGAAGAAGCUCGCAUACAUCGCCCUGGAAAUAAUAGACGAAAGGAAGUUCUAAGGAGGGUGAAAAGAGCCGCACAGCAAGCGGAGGAGCAGGAAUGGAGACGCAGAGAGGAAGAUAAAGGGACGGUAAUCGUAUUUUUCAGACGUUCCUAUCGUAACAGCCUUCAUGUAUCACGGGCUCUAAUGGGUAUCAUUUUCAACUCCUUGAGGCUUCUUCUCAUACCGAUCUGGAUCGUCCUGCUCUGCACAGAGUACAUUUUGGUAUUAGCCGCCUUCACACUUUUAAGCAGAUCCCAUCCUCACCCCACCCAACCCAGUCCUAACCCACCAGCUCAUGCUGAAAAAUCAUCACGUUCCCACUCCUCUUUCGCGCACGCAUGGCGUUUGCUCGGGCUCAACACCCUUACUGUCCCAAAUCGACCCCGUCUUUUCUGUCCCGACUCCUCAGGUUCCUCCGAAAUCUCCACCCCAGAUAACACCCUCCCACCAAUCCACAAUAAAGGGAAGUCACCAACAGCAACCAAAGACGUAGCCCUCAAAAGACCACAGAUAGCAGCAGCUUCCCCGCCUACAUCUUCUGAAUCACACCGACUGCGUCACUCCACAAAACUCACUCUUCAAUUGGGACCCGAGAACGAUCCCAAAAGAGCAUCCUCAAUAAUAACUCGAGAAGAAAAUAUGUCAACACCUUCAUCACGCUCAAUUCCCCAAACACCACCAACCGCAAAUGUUGAGGUAAGGGUAUUUGACCUCGAGCGGUCGCGGAGGACGGCGCGGGCAAGGCUAGCAAGAGCGGCGAAUGUUACGAGCCAGUUUGACCCGCAUGAUUUGGAGGGGGGAGAUAUAUAA